CCCCAUACGGAGGUGCUCGGUUUUGCAUUGAUUGGCUGGAGGAUGCCCUUUUCCCGGCCAAAAGGGACUCGCAGCCCGCAUUGAGCGGAGCUGCAGGAUGCGCGUGAGGCCGGCGGCGGACGUGUGCUGCAUUCGCGGACGUCGGACACAACAAGAGCGGGCCUGCUACGCGGAUCGGCAAGUAGCCGGUGGGCGCCUCCAGCACCAGCAGAAGCGCGGCUCUUCCUCUGCUCCUCGUCCCUCCUCCGCGCUGAAGAAGCAUGCUGCCGGCGUGAAGAAGGGAUGAGGCCGCCUACAGGGACUCCAGCGGGCCACAGCUGCGGCCUCCUUCUUACCAAAACCGGCGGCGGCGACGCCGCUACGGGACCCGCGAACGCAACACCGUCACCGUCACAUCAGCAUCUUUGGUCAUCAGGGAGAUCCAGGAGCAUGAGCAGAACUUUGAGCUGCGGGAGCAGAUGUCUGGCUACAAGCGCAUGCGGCGGCAGCACCAGAAGCAGCUGAUCGCCCUGGAGAACAGGCUCAAGGCCGAGAUGGACGAGCACAGGCUGAGGCUGCACAAGGAGCUGGAGACGCAGGCCAACAACACUUAUGCCGAGCUGGAGCGGCUGGCCAAGCGCCACGCCGCUCAGACUGACAAAGAGAUGAAGUCGGUGGCCACGGAGGAGCGGCGCAUCCAGCAGCAGAUCACGGCUCAGCAGAAGAAGGAGCUGACGUCCUUCUUGGAGAGCCAGAAGAGAGAGUACCGACUUUGCAAGGACAAAAUCAAAGAAGAGAUGAGCGAGGACCCCUGCACCCCGAAGGAGGAAAAACAAGAGCGUCUGUCGCGGCACAAGGAGACCAUUCAGCGUUCUCAGGCGGACGAGGAAGCCAACCUGCUGGCGCAGCAGCGGCUCGUCUACGAGCGAAGCUGCCGGGCUCUCAAACGCCGAAGUUUGCUCAGGAAGCACGACUUCGAACAGGAGCAACUCAGAGAGGAGCUGAACAAGAAGAGGAGCCAGAAAGAGAUGGAGCACGCCCUGAUGAUCCGCCAGGACGAGGCCACGCAGGACCUGGAGCAGAGGCAGCUUCACGUGCUCCACAAGCUGCGUGUGGAACUCAUGCGGAUGCAGCACCAGACCGAGCUGGAAAACCAGGAGGAGUACAACAAUCGCAGGCAGCGUGAGCUCUUGCGCAAACAUACCCUGGAGCACAGGCAGCAGCCAAGAGACCUCAAGACGCUGGAGCUGCAGAUCAAGAAGCAGUUCCAGGACACGUGCAAGGUUCAGAACAAGCAGUACAAAGCCCUGCGCAACCAUCAGCUGGAGGUUUCGCCCAAAGGGGAGCACAAGAGUCUCCUGAAGGGGCUGAAGGAGGAGCAAACCCGCAAGCUGGCCGUGCUGGCCGAGCAGUACGAGCACUCCAUCAACCAGAUGAUGGCCUCGCAAGCGAUGCGGUUGGAGGCGGAGCAAGAGGCAGAGUGCGAGGCCCUGAAGCAGCAGCUGAAGCAGGAAAUGGAGCUGCUGGACGCCUACCAGAGGAAGACCAAAUCCCAGAUGGAGACCCAACACGAGCGAGAGCUGCAGAAGCUCGAGCAGAAGAUCUCCAUACGCAGGGCCCACCUGGAACAGAAGAUGGAGGAGGAGCUUUCGGCUCUGCAGAAGGAUCGCAGCGAAAGGAUCAAAACUCUGCUGGAGCGUCAGGAGCGAGAGAUUUUGUGUUUCGACAGCGAAACUCGCAUUCUGGGCUUUGGCAGUCUGGGAUCUCUGGACUUGUUCCUCAAGGACGACAACAGAUGAAAGUGGACCGGCGGCCACAUUUUCUUUCCUUAUCUUCGUUGGACAUUUCCGGCAACGGCGGACAACUCAUUUCAAAGCGACAAAAUGCCAGAAUCUGUGCGGAUCCUGUCAGUCGCCGUGUUGGGAUUAUUCCUCCUCCUCGUCUCGAUUUUUGGUAUGAAGUGAAUAAUUCAGGAAAUUUUUUGCUAAAAUGGGCACUUUGCCAUGUUUCAGUAGAACUCCAUUGUAAGUGUGUGUGUGUGUGUGUGUGUGUGUGUGUGUAGAGCAGGGGUGGGCAAAGUAUGGCCCGGGGGUCAUCUGAGCUCAAUCUGUUCUUUUAUCCGACCCGUAGAACAAGAGUGCUGGAAUAUUUGGUCCAUUAAUUUAUCCAAUUUGGGUAAUUAGCAUACAUUGAUUCAUUACCAUACAUUUUGUAUUAAUUUUUCUUCCUCAUUUAAUCAUUAUUUUCUUUUUUUGCCAAAAAGUGAUUAUUUUACACCGAUAGUAAAAUCAACAAAUUAUAUAUUUGUAUAUUUACAUUUUUUGGGGCAGAUUUUUUACUUUUCAGGAACGCGAAUAACGGGGGUGGGGCCCCAUUUUAAAGCCAUAAAUUAUGACAGCAGUAAUAUAAUUUUGGAGAAAAAAAAUAACCAAUUAUUUAGUUAAAUAAAUACUGUACAUAAUUAUCACAUAAAUGUCAAGAAAUCAAUAAAUCCAUUCAGCAAGAAUUGAUCUAAUUAAGCGGGUUCGCAUAAAAUAUUUCCAAGUACAUGUCAAAAUGUCUAAAUAUUGAAAACAUUUCUGAGUGGUUGAAGCCAAAUUAUGGAUUUUAAUUCUUGACACUCUAUGGAAUUAAGUCAAUAUAACGGAGUGAUGUUUUUCUCACUACACGUUACAAUUAUUUGUUUGGGCGCAAGGCGAAAGUUAGCAAUGAGGUCAAUUUGACAUCCACAUUUGAUUUUUGAUCUCAUCUCUGAUUGAGUCGAUGAUGUUCCAAAAUCCUAACGCGGCCCUCGAGCACAAAAUGUUUGCCCACCCCUGAUGUCCAGGACAUUGUGGAAUGUGAGCUUGGGACCCCCUCUCUCCUUAGUCUUCUUCUUCUGGCUCUUCUUUUUCAGCCCCUGGUUCUUUUUCUUCUUCUCAUCCUUUUCAUUUGUCUUGUCCUUCCUUCUUCACUUUCUGGUUCUUUUUGUCGUUCCUCAAUAUCAUGAAUGCAGAGUACGGUUUCAUGAACUCGGCGAAUACCCUCUCAAAAAUCCCCCCCAGCCCCUAGCUCUGAUGUUUUCCCGUAAGAUGAUAAAAACGGGGGAACAAAAUCCAAAUGUGAAGGUUCUCUUCUGCCGUCAGUUCAGCCAUUUUAAUAUCAGCACAAAAUACAUCUCGGGAUACAGUAUUUCCUUGCCAAGUCUUCACAAGUCACCAACCGAAGCAUCCUUGGUUGAAAGGGGAAGUCGACCCCAAAAUGUUCUUUCCAAGAAUAUGUUCUAUGCAGCCCCACAAGACUAAACACGGCAUUCUGAGUAAAAAUCCACCCGUUUGUGUCCAUCUCAGCGGGCGGCCAUUUUGUCAGUUGACUGAAAAUUGACAUCACAGUUGUUUGGGUUUCAUGUACUGACCAAUCAUGGCUCACGUUCAGAAAACAGAUGAGCCGUCAUUGGUCGUUACUUGGGCCCUAAGCAAUUGUGAUGUCAUUUUUCAUUGACAACAAUUUUUAAAAUUGUCACCCCCUCAGAGAUGGCUAAAAGCGGGUGGAUUUUGCUGCGCAAACUCAUAUUCUACAAAUGCAAUAUUAAUCAGAAUGCCACGAUUAGACGACUAAAAGUACAUAGACCAUAUUCUUGUGAAGAAAAUGUUUUGGUUGAUUUGCAAGCAGACGAGAACAAAAUCCGGGUCUUUAUGUUUAUGUGACUUUUCAGUUGGAACAGGACUCAAGACGUUUUUUUCCAAA